AUGGAUCAAUUUGAGCAAAAAAUUAGCCCAGCUUUAAAUGGGUUCAGAUGGGUUGAGUCAGGAUCAGUUUCGUCUACUUUUAGAAAAUCUUGGCCUCGAUUUGCUUCAGUCAGUGCCCUCUUCUCUUCUGAUAUCAAAAACUUCGAAGAUAUCAAAAUUUUCGACAAGGAAUUCAUGAACACUAGCUUCAAAAACCUGUUUGAAGUUCUAUUUGCUGCUAAUUACCUUAACAUUAAGGGCUUAUUUGAGUUUUUAUGUCAGACAAUUGCUGAUAGAAUUAAGAACAAGUCGGUGAAGGCUGUUAGGAAGAUAUUUAAUAUAACUAAUGAUUACACAGAUGAGGAAGAGACAAAGGUUUACGAGGAAAAUAAGUGGGCCUUUGAAGGAGAACGUGACGAAUCUGCUGAUUAG